GCAAGCACUCAUGCGUCAAACGCUGGCAGAGGAGCCAGCGGUGCGGCAGCUUGGAGUGCCCGGUGGUGCUCAACGGGUGCUUUUGCCACAACGCGACGUGCAGCAGCCUCGCAGCCAACCGCAAGCUAAAAGACCCCGCUGGGUGCUCGGACGUCGAGGGCAGACAGCUCCUACCCGACCUGCUAAACAUGUCGACGCGCUCGUCAAGCCCGCCCAGGGGCAACCACUCGUCGCCUCGUGGCGGCCACCGCCACCAUCAGCACAAGGAGCCGGUGGCAUCUGCAGGCGCGGCGACCCGCGCGGGGAGCGCGGCAGAGAGAGGCUCGCCACGGUCGAGGCCAGGCUGGAAGCCAUGGAAGCCAGGCUGAAGAAGGCAGGGAUCUGAACGGGUCCUGUGCUGCGGAGCGUGGUUUAGUUAUGAGUCUCCGGCACGCGACAUCUGAAUGUCAGCUCUCCAUGGACUCGGCGCCUUCGUUCUUCGCCCCCUCUCUCAGCUUCCCAUGUCAGCGGGCACUUUCCCGCCCUCCCUGCCCAGUGCAUAUGCGCAAUCACGGGUGCCACGCCUUCCACCACCGUGGCAUGGGGAGAAUCAAACACUCCUCUUUGCAUUGAGCGACCAGAACUGAUAUAUGUGAUGGACGUUGCGGGUGCAUAGAGUGUGAGUGUGUGUGUGUGUUGGAGUCCCAACACAGGACUUCCAUCCAGACUGCCACGUCAACUGAGCUCCAGCUCACCGUAGGUGUGGUGGUGUUCAGAGUGUGGUGAGUCGAGAGAGAGAGAGAAGCGUGCGUGUGUGUGAGAGGCGUGCCCGCCGGUCACGACGGACGCCAGGAGACUAUGUGCGCUGCGCGCAUCUCCUGCGCACCUUGUCGUGGCGGGCAUCUCCCUCGCUGCUGUUUCUUUGUGCUCCCGCCCGGCCCUUCCCUGGACGUUGCGGGUGCAUAGAGUGUGAGUGUGUGUGUGUGUUGGAGUCCCAACACAGGACUUCCAUCCAGACUGCCACGUCAACUG